AUGAGUGCUGGAAAGCCACCCAGUACUCAUGUGACCAAGAAGGUCAGAAAGAAGUCGGGGAAGAAGCGAGAUGUUAGCCUAACAUCCCUAGUAUCACGUAGAGUGCCUGCCGGCAACCAGGGGGAUCGAUACCAUAGCACAAGUUUUGCGCUUGUGAUGGAUCUCAACGUGGAUGAUGAGGCGACACGAUCUUCAGAGGUACCGAUGGAUACAAGCGAAUCCACCAGAUAUUUCCCAUUUCAGCUUUUGCCAGAACUAUGCAAACUCAGAAUUUGGUCUUUCUUAACACAGUGUGACCUUGGCCGUUGCAUGCUUGUGUGUGCUGAUUGGCAUCACUCAAUUCAGAGGCCGCAGUUGUGGAAUUCAGUCAGAUUUAGUGCACUCCCUUACACCUGCCUGCCACGUGACCGCAGUGGACCUGUACACACUGAGCCAGUCUGCCAUCACUGCUUCAGGAAAAGAGUGUUUUCUUUCAGUCAGUUUUUGUCACACAUUCACCCAGUAGUUCAAGAAUUUCAGUUUUGCCUUGAUAUUAGUCAUCCCACAGAUCAGUUCAACAAUGUUGUUGAGCAGUUUAUGUCCACGGCAGAACUGAACUCAUUGACUUAUGCAGAUAUCAACUGGAAGGAAAGCCCAUCCAGAGCCUCGUUGCGAACUAGCCAAGAAUCUUUACAAGAUUAUAUGUACAGAUACCGCAAACGUCAGAGAAUGUUCUGCAGAAUUUUUUCAACGUUCGUAUCCGUGGCAACACACCUGACGACCCUGGUGAUGCCAUUUGAUUGGUCAGAUAAAAACCUUGAGUGUCUCUGCAGCCUUACAAAGCUGGAGAACUUAGUGCUGGAGAAGUAUGGAAUUUAUAACCACUGCUUUACCCAGGAUUUCAUGAAUACGCUCACAAGAAGCUUAGUGAAUCUCAAAAAGCUUCUACUUGAGGUUUGGAUUCCAACUUGCAAUAACACAGGCAUGGAGGUGUAUUAUGUGGAAUCAGCGUCACUGACAUUUCUGGAUGUGUCACAGUGCCGUGGCUUCUAUCUCAAGAGAAUAAGCACGCCUAAUCUGCUGCACCUUCGAAUAGCUCGACAACCAUGGCAGAAGAGUUUUAUGCAGCAGCUGUCACCCCAACUGCCUUGCAUGUGUUCUGUGCUAUCUGCAGGUGCCCCAAAGCUGCAGUACAUUAAUGGGCACCGUUUGGAACCUGACAGCUGGCAACCUCCUACAGAGGAGCUUACUAGCUUAAUGGCUGUCAUUUGCUGUUGUCUGCAGCACAAGAGAAAUAAUGGCAUUGAAAUGUAUGGGAUGUGA